AGUUUGAGUAAAGCUUCAGUUUACAGUUUGUUUGUCACCGUACUCUGAAGUUUGCGCAUGAAAACCAAGGAGAAACUUACUGAAUCAAAUAGUCAGAUGGUCCAGUCGCCUGAUUGCCCCUGCUGUUCACUUCUUGUUCCUUCACACUUCCUGUUGUGUGGGUGCAGUUUUGUAAUCCACGGUUCAGCACGGUUCAACCACAGACAGACACAAGCCACAGCAGCGCCUCUUCAUGCUGAACAUGUCUCAGUGUUGGCUGUUCCUCCUGCUCCUGCUGAUGGGCAGAAAUGGGUUGUGUCAAAAGGAGGAGGUUUGCUCAAAGUCUGUGAUCAACUCCUGCAGUGACUGUAUUAAAUCUGGGCCCUACUGUGUGUGGUGUCAACAACUGAAUUUCACCAAACCCGGUGAGCAGGAGGCGGUGCGUUGUGACACUCAGGCUAAACUGCUGGAAAGGGGCUGCAAAGCGGAAGAAAUCCUCUCCCCUCCGAACAGUGACACAGUCACCAAGAACGACCGUCUGUCCUCGACGUUCGACCAACAGGAGCCGGUCCAACUGGCUCCACAGGAGAUCCGACUGGAACUCCGACCCGGCCUUCCUACCACGUUCCCUAUACACUUUAAGAGGGUUCAGGGUUAUCCAGUGGAUCUCUACUAUUUGAUGGAUCUGUCCAACUCCAUGAAAGAUGAUCUACAAAAUGUCAAAGGCCUGGGAAAGGACCUUUUCGCAGCUUUGAAGAAAAUCACUCAACACGCUCAAAUAGGAUUCGGUGCCUUUGUUGAUAAGACGGUCCUUCCGUACACUAACACCAACAAGGACAAACUCCAGAGGCCCUGUGAUGCAGCGGACAAACAGUGUCAAGCUGCUUUUGGCUACAGACAUGUACUGAGCAUGACACCGAGGGAGGAGGAGUUCAAGACUAAAGUAACAGAGCAGUUUAUCUCUGGGAACCUGGACUCUCCUGAAGGGAGUCUGGACGCCAUGAUGCAGGCCUCUGUAUGUGGGGACAAAAUCGGUUGGAGAAACAGCAGCACUCGACUGCUUGUACUGACCACUGAUGCUGGAUUCCACAUGGCUGGAGAUGGGAAACUGGCAGGCAUACUGGAACCCAAUGAUGAACACUGUCACAUGGAGAAUAACCUCUAUGUCAAAAGCAGUGAGAUGGACUAUCCAUCUGUGGGACAACUGGCUUCGCAGUUGGACAAGAACAAUAUUCAGCCAAUAUUUGCAGUGACCAAAAAUGUGGUUAACGUCUACCGGCAACUUUCUCAAAUGAUUCCAAAAUCUGAAGUUGGAGAGCUGUCAUCAGAUUCCAGAAAUGUAGUUAGGCUGAUUGAAGACGCUUACAAUAAACUGUCCUCCAAAGUAACUGUGACCCAUGACAACCUCCCUGAGAACGUAAGAGUGGUCUACACCCCACGAUGUGAGCAUGCCGGACCACCAGGAGAGAAUAGAGGGGUCUGUGAUCAAGUCCGAGUGGGACAGAAGAUUUCAUUUGACGUGACGGUGACAGCAGACACCUGUAUGAAGACGACGUCUUUCACUAUCAGUCCACUGGGCAUCAAAGACACACUGACUGUGACCUUAUCCACCAACUGUGAGUGUCAGUGUAUGGAUCCACAGGUGGCCAACCACACGCACUGCAAAGGAAAAGGACGAGUCCACUGUGGAAUCUGCAGCUGCAGUCAAGGUUUUGUGGGUCAGUUCUGUGAGUGUUCCAUUGGAGAUAAAGACGAGGGCACAUUGCGUGAAGCCUGUAAGGACGAGAACGGUGUCGAGUGUGGAGGUCGAGGAGAUUGUGUGUGUGGACGAUGUGAGUGUCACACCACUGAGAGCGGAAACUACUACCACGGCGCCUUCUGCCAAUGUGAUGACGAACAAUGUGAAAAGUUCCAGAAUAAACUGUGUGGAGGAAAAGGAAAAUGCAACUGUGGCACCUGUGAAUGUAAUACCGGUUAUGAGGGCUCUGCGUGCCAGUGUACGGUAUCUCAGGAGGCCUGUCGCACCAUUAACAACACUGUGUGUUACGGCAGAGGAAACUGCAAGUGUAACCGCUGUGAGUGUGACGAGGGAUACCAGCCUCCACGCUGUCAGAAGUGCCUGGGCUGCCAAAACCCCUGCCUGACCAAACUGAACUGCAUUGAAUGUCUGGGCUUUGACCAAGGACCCUUUAAGAAAAACUGCACUGAAGCUUGCAGCAAGAGUGUCUUUCAUCAGAUGGUGGACCAGUUCACUCUGUCUUCAAAACAGUGUGAACAGAAGGACUCGGAGGGAUGCUGGGUCAAAUUUAAGCUGGACCAGCUGGUUGGAAAGGACAACUACUGGGCUGAAAUUCUCAAGUCCAGAGACUGUCCAGAACCUCCCAGUGUCACGGCCAUCAUUGGUGGCUCUCUUGCAGGUGUAGCUGUCAUUGGUAUUUUACUGCUAAUGCUGAUCAAGUUACUCAUCUACAUGAAGGACCUGAAAGAAUUCAAAAAGUUUGAAAAUGAAAAGAAGAAAUCUAAGUGGGCAGAGGCUGAUAACCCUCUGUUCCAGAAUGCUACCACCACUGUGGCCAACCCAACCUUCACUGGAGAAUAAAGUCAUGACUGCAACAAAACACCCAGAGCAUAGUAAUGUGGACCAGGUCUACAUAUCACAGUAAUGUGGACCAGGUCUACAUAUCACAGUAAUGUGGACCAGGUCUACAUAUCACAGUAAUGUGGACCAGGUCUACAUAUCACAGUAAUGUGGACCAGGUCUACAUAUCACAGCUGGAUGCAAGUCUGCAUGCCUUUGUCAUUUGUCAAUGUAAUUGCUUUUAUUACCUCUGCUAAGGGGGUUAUGUUUUUGCCGGCAUUGGUCUGUCUGUCUGUCUGUCUGUCUGUUUGUUUGUCUGUCUGUCUGUCUGUUUGUUUGUCUGUCUGUCUGUUUGUUUGUCUGUUUGUUUGUCUGUCCAUGUGCAG